GGCCGGGCCAAGGGCGACGCGGCGAUCGUCUGGCGCCAGCUGGCCCGCGCUUGCUGGCGGCAGGACUGGCGCCUCGCGUUGCUGGUGGUCGCCCAGAACGAGCGGGCUCGCGCGCUGGCGCAUGUUGAGGAGGCGUCGAAGUCCGUCUCGAUCCUGGACAUCGCGGAGUUCCAGCGUCGACAUAACUUCGCCCAGCAGGAGGGGGUGGCCCCCCUGCGCCACUCGCUGGAGGACGCUGCCGGGCUGGGGCCCGAGGAGGAGCAGGCCAUGCAGCUCGUCGCGCGGCGCUGCCUGGCCACUUUGGAGGUUGACGGCUGCGAGCCCACGGAGACCUCUGACAUCAACUUGGCGCUGGGCCAGAACUGGGGCCAGGUCUUCUGCCCCGUGACCCCCACAGCGGCCAGCCAGCUGCGAAAGAGGGAUCAGUCGAAGUACCCCGAGCCCUUCGGGGCCCCAGUGCUGGACGGGAACGGCUUCCCGGCGCCGCGGCCGAAGUGCCCGCGCGAG